AACAAAACAAAACCGCCGUCUAAUUGUUACAAUGCGGCCAUAACAAUCCCCAUCUCAAGACAGAAAUUUCGUCAACGACAGUAUCUGUCUGCUUCUUCUGUGGCUUUACACUAUUUUUAGAGACUGACUCAAGCGUGAGACCUUCCACCCGAAAGCCUUAUAUACAAUCGGCGAACCUUCACUGGAUCGAGACCAACAGCACGCUCCUAGCUUUUGCUACCAGAUCGGAUCUCACAGCUCGAUCUAGUAAGUCAUACUGGACACAACUGUCCAUCCUUGCGGUUUUCAGCGGUCACUUAAAGUUGAAGUGUUUGUUUCAAAUUUUCAGAGAAAGUUACACAAAAAAACUAAAAUUUAAACUAACACUAAAAAGUUUGAAACAAGGAUUAUUUUGGCAACAAAAACUUGUUCAACCAGUCACAGCUGAGUGACCAUCACCGAUUAAAGCUAUUUAUAGUGGACAUUUGGUAGGCAGUUUGCGUAGAGAAUGAGUUGUGGUAGGACGUGAAAAUUUCUAAGGAAAAUUUUUGGUUCCGAAAGAAGACUUUCUGUGCGAAAAUUCGACAUGACAGUUGCAAGUGUUCCUAAGGCUCCCCUCAAAGCCACUGCGGGGGUCACACCGAGGUCAGACGAUAAGCUGGCCAAGAUGAAGGAAAUUAUCAGUGAUGCCAAUAAUAACGACAUAUCCAUGAAUGAUGACCAGAGUGUAAGUGACAAGGAUCUCGAUCAGUACAUCAAUCACUACAACGAGUGGAGACAAUCGGAAACUGGCAAACGGUUACAGGAGCUGGUUGAACGUGUCCUAGGGACCAAAUUUGAUGCCGAAAUUAAGUGGAAGAAUGUGGCUAUGAUCGGAGGACUGCAUGUAAUCACAGCUGCAUUAUUCUUCGUAUACGUCUGGGAUUCAACCAUCGUGACAUGGGUGUGGGGAUUCAUUGUUGGAGGCUGCGCCGGUUUUGGUGUCACCGGUGGAGCGCAUCGUUUAUGGACACACCGAGCUUACAAAGCCAAGCUUCCGUUGCGAAUCAUCUUGAUGUGCUGCUACUGCAUGGCCGGUCAGAACAGUUUGUACGAUUGGGUCCGGGAUCACCGAAUCCAUCACAAGUACUCCGAAACCGAUGCCGACCCGCACAACUCGAACCGGGGUUUCUUCUUCGCCCACGUUGGUUGGCUGAUGCUGAGAAAGCACCCGGAGUGCAUUAAAAAGGGUCGUUUGAUUGACAUGAGCGACGUUCUGGCCGAUCCGGUUAUUCAGUUCCACCAGAAGUACUUCACAGCGCUGAAAAUUCUGUUCACGUUUAUCAUUCCAUCGAUGGUACCGUGGUACUUUUUUGGCGAAGACUUUGUGCUGUCAUUCCUGGCCAACUGUCUGCUGCGAAAUGCACUGACCUUGAACUUCACAUGGCUAGUGAACAGCGCUGCACAUAUCUACGGAAACCGGCCCUACGACAAACGAAUCCAGCCAGUGGAAAACAAGGCGGUGUCCAUUGUCGCACUUGGUGAAGGUUGGCACAAUUAUCAUCACGUGUUUCCGUGGGACUAUAAAGCAGCUGAGCUGGGCAACUACUCGACCAACUUGACCACGUUCUGGUUGGAUCUGUUCGCGAAGAUUGGAUGGGCGUACGAUAUGAAGGAACCAUCAAAGGAUCUGGUGCGCAGGGUAAUUUAUAAAUAUGGUGAUGGAACUCACAUUACGACUCCGAUUGCUCAGCUGAAGGAAGUCCCGGAACCAGAUGCUCCAAAGUCUGAAUAACUAGAAAGUUUGCUUUUUUCAUACAUAUUGUUAGCUCAACAUUGAAAUGAUAACGUUUUAUGUUAUAGCAGAUGUUACAUAUGACAAAUAGAUUAGUUUAAUAUUUAUAAACCUUAAACCCAUUCCAAAACAGUAUCGACACCUGAGAUAAAUAUUGUUUUAUUAGUUCUAAACCCUUCUCGAAAUCCACCAAUAUUAUUCC